CGCCUCAUGGGAGCCAGUGCCCGUGGCCUCGCGGUCGCAACCUCUCCCCCAUUUAAUACGCAAACAAUUCCGUCCGGUUCCACGAGAAAGGCUCUUCCUUCUUGUGUGCGCCGCUAGCUCCCGCCUCUCUCGCUCUUGCUCUGAUCCUAGGACGACGCGCCGCCUGCCUGCGCACGCCGGGAGGGGGAGGUUCAAGCUCGAGCGCCGCUGCAACGAGCCCGCGGAGGACCAUGCCGAGAUCCAGGGGGUCCGACCCGCCGCAGCGGGCGUCGCCGCGCGCGCCGCUGCACCUGAAAACGACAGCCAGCUCCGAGGCCAAUGGCGCGCACCACCGCCCCGUCGUCGACCGGAGCAGCCCCAAGCUUGGGGGCCGACACUCGCCGCGUAGCCCUCUGCCCGAGCAGAAGAGGCGCGCGGGGACCAAGGUGGCGGAGCUGGAGGCGAAGCUGGGGAAGGUGCAAGACGAGCUCAAGAAACUGAGGGAGCAGCUCGCCUCCGCCGAGGCCGCCAAGAAGGACGCGCAGGUCGCGCUCGAGGAGGCCAAGAAGCGCGUCGGCACCAAGGGGAGCCCCGCCGCCGCCGCCGCCUCUCCUCUCUCUUCUCCUGCGGCGCGGGUCGAAAGUGAGAAGACGGCCGAUGACGUGGAGGUGCCCGAACCAGCGGCAGACGAGGAGAGUAGCAUAAACUCGCCGGCGACCGACGUGUUUGAGGUCGUCCGGGCCGAGUCGGGGGACAAGGAGAACCAGAGCGCGGUCGACAUCGCCGCUGAGGAAUGCGAGGCGGUGAGCUGUGGCGUGAAGGCGGUGCUGGCCGAGAAGGAGGUGGAGGAGGAGGAGACCAAGAAGAUGAUCGAGGAUGAGUGCAAUGCCGCUGUGGAAACUGACAGCGCCGAGAAGGAAACUCCGGAGGUCACAGAGCUGAAGGCCAAGCUGACGGAGAAAGACAUGGAAAUCGCCGCACUUACGGCGGAAAAUACCGAGCUCAAGAAGAAUGCCGGAGAGGCUGCGGAGGAGGCAAAGAAGGUCGAGGAGAAUGCCGCGGCGAAGGCGUCCCUGGUCGAACAUGAUCUGAAGGAGGGCGCGGCGCGGGAGGCCCGGAUGGGCGAGCAGCUGAGGGCGUCGGAGGCCGCGCGGGAGGCGCUGGAAGGCGAGAUGCGGCGUCUGCGCGUGCAGACCGAGCAAUGGCGCAAGGCCGCCGAGGCGGCAGCCGCGGUGCUCGGUGGGGAUAACCACCUCACCGGCCUCCAUGGGUUGACCGGCAAUGGCAACGGGUGGGGCUCCCCGGCCACGAUGCCUGACGACGGCGACGACGAGGGGUUCGGUGGCAAGCGGAAGGGCGCCGGCAUCCGGAUGCUCGGCGACCUGUGGAAGAAGAAGGGGAACAAGUGAAGUCAGCAUGGAUCACAAUUCACAAUGGUGAGCUUGCUCAGCCCGCCAGCUUGAACUCUAUGCACUAGCUAGCACCAUCAUUUUACCACGAUUUGGUUCGGAUUCUACUUAUGUUUGUAUGAUGAUGAGAUGAUGCUCGUGAGAUUGUACUAUGUAACGCCUGAUGCUGCAUUGCUGCCUGCUACUCACUGUAAGGAGCAACCAAGUGGUUUGGUGUUUUCCUC